UACGAAAAGUGUCACGUAAAUUGGGAUGAGUAUAAAAAAAAUCUAGUCCUUGUUGCUUUCGAGCCAAGUAAUGCGCGCGUGUUUGUAUGGACCUACCCAAAAAGUCCCAUAAAACUAAGUCCAAAUUAAUAGUUAUACAUUUCUCCAAGAACCGAACUUUUUUUUCUCCUUCACUCUUCUCUACAAAAUUCAAAACCUCAAAUUCCAAGAUUCAAGAACCAUUUCCAGUCUCCAUCCUUCAUAUUGAUGAGUAUGAAUGUGGUCCUGUACGUUGUCUGAAAGCUUUGCUUUAGUGCCAUGCCCUCAGUUAGAAACAAUACAUCUUUCUUACUUUGUAAUUAAGCCUGAUACUGAAUUCAUCUACGUAUCCCUAUCCAUGGAUACUCCUUCACCAUUCUCCCCUCCCUUUCCACUCCCAAAUACUAGCUCAAAGUUUCAGUCUCUAAAUCUCCAGCGUUAUUUAGAGCAACCAGAAGCACAACAACAUCAGCUGCAGCCACAACAAGCUGCUGUUGAGCAAGUAAAUGAUGAGUCUCUUCAUGGUUCAUCUAUCAAAAACCCCGAAUCAGGUGUUGGUUCUAAUCAUGUCUUUGUCAAUCAUUCAGCAACUGCAUACCAUGUUACUUUCAAUCAAGACUACGGCUGUUUUGCUAUCGGCACUGAUCGCGGUUUUGGAGUAUAUAACUGUGUCCCUUUCGGUGAGUCCUUUUGUCGAAACUUUGAAAAUAUAGGUGGUAUUGGAAUUAUUGAAAUGCUCUUUCGGAGUAAUAUAUUAGCCUUUGUUGGACAUGGAGACCACCCACAAUAUCCCCGAAACAAGGUCAUGAUCUGGGAUGAUCAGCAAAGCCGUUGCAUCCAUGAGCUCUGUUUCCGGUCGGAGGUGCGCCGCAUCAGGCUUCGGAAGGACUGCCUCGUGGUAGUUCUUGAGCAUAAGAUAUUUGUCUACAAUUUUUCUAAUCUGGAGUUGUUGUUUCAAAUUGAAACAACUACAAACCCAAAGGGGCUCUGUGAGGUUUCACAAACUGCUGAUCAACUUGUCUUGGUGUGCCCUGGUCUGCAAAAGGGUCAAGUUUGGGUCAAACAUAAUGCUUCAAAAAGCACAAAAUCUAUUGUAGCACAUGAUUCAGUUCUUGCAUGUUUUGCUCUUACGAGGGAAGGCAACCUACUAGCAACAGCAAGCACCAAGGGUACACUAAUCCGGAUUUUCAACACGCUAGAAGGUACAUUGUUGCAGGAGGUAAGAAGGGGUUUGGAUAGAGCAGAAAUAUAUAGUUUGUCAUUCUCUCCAACUGCUCAGUGGCUAGCUGUCUCCAGCGACAAAGGCACUGUUCAUGUUUUCAGCCUUAAGGUCAAUCUAGGGAACAGGAGUACUGACAAGUCAAAUUGUUCUUCCAACUCCCGUGUUCCUGUGGCAGCCUCUAGUUCAUUCUCCUUCAUCAGAGGAGCUCUUCCCAAGUAUUUUAGCUCAGAAUGGUCUGUGGCUCAAUUCCGACUGCCUGGUGUUUCUCAAUACAUUGUUACAUUUGGCAACGAAAAUAAUACACUUACAAUUCUCGGCUGGGACGGAAGCUUUUUCAGAUGCAAGUUUGACCCAGCAUCCGGCAAAGAGAUGACUCAGUUGGAAUAUCACAACUUUCUGGAGCCUGAAGAACCUUGUAAUUGAAAGUAUGGAUGACGUUCGUGACCAAGAAGGAUACUAUGGCUUCCCAAUUAGCUUGCCCUUCUUUGCAAAUAGUAGGUUAAAGGCUUUUUAAGCACAGCAUAUAGCUUGACAUAACAUAGCAAGUUAGCAUAUACAACCAACAGUCUUCAACUUGUUGAUGUACAAAAAAGAAAGAAGAUUUUGAUGUAGUAGAAUGAAAAUGUAUAUCCAGAGUUUCCAACAACAAACAGUUCCUUGUAUAGUAAAGAUGCAUGAGUUUUCUCUUUAGUAGAAAUAUAAUUGUUUUGCCUUCUUGUUA